AUGACAACAACACCAUACAUCCCACUCCCACCCACAAUAACCUCUCUAAUCCUCAUCCCCCCGAUCCUGGACUGCAUCGUAACCUACCUGUACACCCUGGACCUUCUAAGUCUCUCCUCGACAUCGCUUACGAUCCGAGCACAUUUACUUUCUUCACACGCAGCUUGGCGGGCGAUAUCGUUUUAUACACCGACGCGACCGUUGGAACAAUGUCGAUACGAGGAGAACGUUACGAGUGUUUUUGCGAGUACGAUUGCGGUUCGGAGUCGUCAUAUAAGUCCUCGGACGUUGUCACCUGUUGGCGGGGAUGGUGAUGAUGAUAUUGACGAUAAUAAUAUCGAUAAAAAAUACAUCUUGGGAGAUAAUAAAGAGACAGAUAAUAAGAAGAAGAAAAAAAAAGAUAGAUACUUAUCAAUCGACACCACGCUUACAAUACUAGCUAGAUCACUCCCUUCGUUAUCGAUGUAUACAUCGAUAGAUCUGAGUAGAACCCUGGCUGAUAAGUAUCUAUUAAGGGAUUUGAUAGAUAAUUGUUCCGGGUUGAGAUAUUUACGAAUUGAGGAUUGUCCGAAGGUUAGAAUUGCGGAUUUGGUGGUUGGGUUGUAUGGAGUUGAGAAGAAGGUUUUGAAGGGGAUCGGGAAGGGUGGAGGGGUUAGUUUUGUGGCGGAGGUUAUGGGGAGGACGAGGGUUGUUGGUGGUACGAAUACUACCAAUACUAUCUCUGGUAUUAAUGGUGGAGGGGGAGGAGGGGAGGGAAAGCUAUUAUCAAGACUAACACACAUCCAUACGAAAGAAGUUCGAGAUGGAUUAUAUCGAUUGAACGAAUUAAGAGACGGGGUCAGAGGGGAGAUAGUAAGGGUUAUGAGUCGGAUGGAGGAUGUAUACGAAUACCCUGAGUUACCACCAGUAGAAAUAAUAUUGGAUAUCAAAGAGGUAGUGAGGAAGACGGUUGGGUUGAAGUUGAGGGAGAUCAGGAUCGGAGGGACGACGGAUUUGAAGUUGAAUCGGAGUAGUUAUAAUGGAACGGGAUGGUUGGAGAGGUUGGCGUAUUCGCAGGGGGAUUAUUUGUGGGUUCUGUGCGGACUUUUGGGGGUGCUGUUGGUUGAGAUUUGA